UGAGCAGUGGGGUUGCGCGUCCCGUUCACGGAAUACGUAACGCACAGAGCAGCACCACGGCAGAUGUAACCUGCGCUCUCGACCGUCUUCACCGAUUUUUCCGCGGAUUACUCUCCACGGUCCCUCAUUUUUCUGGACACACCAGGUUCUUUAUUCAAGGGAUAUGGUUUUGAACGUCUAUGAAUUAGUUUCCUGAAAUCUAAAUGACAAGAGGGUCAUGAUUACAUUGCCCCCGGAAUCCGCUCUAAGAACCUGCGCUGCGAAUCUGGUGUGGGAGCGUUGCGAAAACGGCACUGCAAAAACUACGAAAGCUUAUCAGCACUUUUUACCUCCCGCGGAUCCACAGCGACAAGCGAAGCGUUUACCGAUUAAGGUUUUAAAAAUGCUCACAGCGCGGACUGGACAUUUCCUGCAUCCGGACUAUUUACAGCCUUUGCCGUCCACCCCUGUCAGCCCCAUUGAGCUGGAUGCCAAAAAGAGUCCACUGGCUCUGUUGGCACAAACAUGUUCUCAAAUCGGAAAACCAGAUCCGCCGUGCUCUACCAAGCUAUCCGCUGUCACCUCAAAUGAUUCUUGCGACAAAGACUCAAAAUCCGGACCGUUGAAAAUCAGUGAUAUUGGAGCAGAAGAUAAAUCUAGUUUUAAGCCAUAUUCAAAAUCAUCAGAGAAGAAAGAUUUGUCUUCGAGUGGAGAUAAAUCUGGCUUCCGGGUGCCGGGCGCCACCUGCCAGCCGUUUACCCCAAGGACAGGCAGCCCGAGUUCCUGCACUUCUGCAUCGCCACAGAUCGCGGACUGUAAAACGGGAGAUAGAGAGGAUAAGAAGGAAUCAGAUGGUGAUCCGCCUGAAGUGUCCGGAAGAACGAGUCGAAGUUCAGGUGAUAAUGAGUCAAGCCAUCAGCAAGAAACUGUAAAGUCUUUAGCGUCUGACACCACCACAGUGUCUUCGGCAUCGUCUGCUCUCGGAUCAGGACUUGUUGCCCCCGUUUCCCCCUACAGGCCAGGUCACACAGUAUUCCCUCUCCCUCCCGCUGGAAUUCCAUUCCCGGGAGGCUUGGCGGGGACAUAUGCUAGCUACCCUCAGCACUUCCUGUCCCAUGGGGUGACAUUAGACCCGACCAAACCCAGCAGUCACUUGAUCAGCGCGCAACUCGCCGCCGCAAACUCGCUGAGCAGUAAGGCGGGGACAAGCCCACUGGCCGGGGCUUCUCCACCAUCUAUCAUGUCAGCUGGCCUGUGCAGAGACCCAUACUGUCUCAGCUACCACUGCGCAGGUCAUCUACCAGGCGCCAACUGUUCGCACGACUCCACCGCGGCUCUGAAGCCCGGGUAUCCUUUACUGUACCCCUCUCACCCACUAGCCGGUGUUCCUUCAUCCACCACCUUCACCCCGCACCCGUUAUACCAGUACGGCUUUGUGCUUCCCAAUGACCCGCAGCACCAUGUCUGUAAUUGGGUUUCGGCAAACGGGCCCUGUGACAAGCGCUUUUCCACUUCAGAAGAGCUUCUGAACCACCUGCGAACUCACACAGCAUUCGUCGGAGCGGAAAAGUCAUUAUCAGGAUAUCCUGGUUCAUCCUCGUUAGCUGCCGCCGCCGCCGCCGCGAUGGCUUGUCAUAUGCACAUACCCCCAACCGGAGUUCCAGGAGGCUCUGGCGCGUUGGCACCCAGGACCUCGCAUCAUGCGCUCGGACUUAGCAGUCGUUAUCACCCGUAUUCCAAACCCCCUCUUCCAACCCCUGGAGUGACGGGUUCAUAUUACUCCCCCUAUGGACUGUACGGACAGAGGUUGGCCACUGCACCCGGUCUGAGCUAUCAGUAAACACUCCAGUCGGUAGACGUAUUGAAGAGAAAAAUUAUUUCAAUGGCCGAACGUUUUCUAUGCUGCGGUGCCUCAGGACCGGUACCUAUUUAUUUACAUUAGCUUUAAGUUAGAAUAAUAAAAUAUAGAACAACAACAAAAAAACAUAUUUCGGAGAGACUCAAAGUUCUUCAUUUGAGUAAUAUGAUCAACUGAAACGCUGGGACGCAAUAGGCUAUUCUACACAUCCAGGAUCUUUAUGCAGCUGUGACCUAGGAGGCUCGGGCUAUCCACAUGUUUAAAUAAAUUUAUUUGCAGGCUUAUUUCGAAAUUCCAAAAAGAGUUGAGACGGUUUAAUGUGUGUGGUGGAAAUAGUUUUAAGGUUAAACUCAGGGAAAAUGUUUGUGGCCAUUAAACACAUAUUACAUAGGCCUACAUUCGGCUUUACUCGUAAUAAAAUUAAAACAGAAAAGCGGUGAUCGAUUUUUCUGGAUUUAAAAUAUGUAGGCUUAUGCAAAUAUACAUCUUAUUCCGUUGAUAGUGGUUUAUAUUUUAAUUAUAUAAAAUGUCCCAUUUGAUACCAUAUAGAAUAUUAUAUGCAUUCUCUGGAUUAUCGUUUUCAAAUGUAAUUAGCACAACAGUAAUUAGUAGGAUAUUCAAGAUGCAUUUAAACGGUUAAUCUUAUCCAAUAAUUUAUUUGUCUUCUUCCUAAUAAUCGGCGUUUAAAGCAGUCUAUGUGCGAGCAAGACGUGAGAGAUGAAUUAAGACAACUUUUAUUCUGAAUAACGUCACGCUACCAUCUACAAUAGGCAAGAGACAAUCUAACGCGAAAAUGAACGAGAAUGAAUCUGAAGGAGUAUUUUGUGUUGCAUGCAAAACUUACGUUUAGCUGUUCUUUGGUCAUUUAUUCCUUUAGGGGAUUUUUCUAAUGGUGAUUCGCUAGAUGAAAAGGUUUAUCAAGAAAUUUCGUGAUUUUACAGUUUAACACAAGCUACGACGAACAUCAUCUUCUACACAUUUUUAGUGAUUCCUGCUGUAAGACAGCUCCUGAAGAGCUUUAUAAUAAGAUGUUAAGUUGAACCAGGGGUGUUGGGUUAACACAAAAAAAACCAAUAGGCUUGAUUACACGGCAACAACAAAAAACAUUAGGUAAAAUACAUUCAUAGACCAUUUGACAAAUUAGUGCAAUAUGAGGGGUAUAACAGAACCAUUUUUUUCACACAUUUCUUAAUGCGGUGCUUUAAUGCAUUCUUAGGACUAAAUGAAAAAGUGUUAUCAAGCCAGUCCUAUGUGACGUCUUAGUAUAACGAAGAGGGAACAGAGGAUUUUCCUAGCUACCUCCUUUUCUGUGAAAUGACAGCGAAAUCUAUUUAAAUAGAUAACAAAUGUAACAGUCGUUAUUUACAUAAAAUAUACAUCAUGACGUCUUUCUAAACCAGAGUAAUCAAUCAUAGGCCACGCCCUUUGCUCCUGUUACUCUUAUAGUACUCACAUGCGUACAAUCAAAUCGUCUCUUAUCUGGUUUAUUAUAAUGUAUUAGAUAGAUUAAUAUAGAGAAUGAGAUUCAUUUAUAAUUAGUUUUCAUUAAAACUAAAUAUAAUGAGUUUAUUUAAAAGUAAAUAUGGGGAAAACACUGGGCUACUUUACAUAGGCCUUGCUUAGUUUAAUGAUAAAAUGUUUAUUAAUGUUUAUUUAAUUAGAACAUCAGCAGGAAUCCGUAGAUUGUAAAUGUUGUU